UAAAAUAGAUAUGCUAAAUAUUUUAUAACGAAUAUCUCACAUACUUCUAUUUCAUUCGACUUAACAAUUAACAAAAAUUGAUACUAUAUAAAUCGUAUCAUAAAUGUUAAACACGUCGAGUGAAACGACCAAGAUUUCACCCUAACAAUUCACUUGCCAAAGCGAGAAAUUUUGACUCUUGGCUUGUUUUCUUGACUUGAGUCUUCCAUUUUCUUCUAAUGUCCAAUUCUCAAUUUACUGCUGUCUGCAGUUAGUCACAGAUUCAAUCAUUCAACACACCAGAUUUUUAUCUACUACUUUCUAUUUCUAGAGUUCAAUGUUCAUACACUUCGGGACAAAUGCAAGUCUUGAUUCACUCCAACUUCUAAGCAAGUAAAUCUGGGGAUUUCUUGUUGUGUUUUCUGAUUGGAAGUUUGUGGUCUGAAGUUCACAUGGAUUUGCAUUUGAAAAAAUUGUUUGGUAGAUUCCAUGAGCAAUUUGGAUGUGGACCAGGACUUGGUCCUGCAUCUUCAACUUGUUUGUUUAAUGUGGAGGGUGUAGAUGCUGCCUUCAUCAAGGCAUUAUAUGGAGCUGCUGCAGCUCUAUAUAGGACUGAUCCAUGGAAGAGAUUGCGCCCAGGACACUUCUUUGGUGUCCGGGUGGGCAGAGAAUUGGAAUGGUCUGGAAGGAAGCAGCUGUUUCCAUGUGUCCAAACCAUUGGUGGGGAUGGUGGGGAUGUGGCAUUUUAUUUGUUUCGAUCUGUUGAUGAUGCUCGGAAUGCAACCAAGCCAAGAGAGACGGUUCCUGUACCGAACACUGAGGUUAUGAGGGUGACAUUUGAGCUAGAAAAUUUGAUGUUUCCUUCUCAUAGAAAAAUGGUCAAAUUUUUGGCCUUAGAAGUUUCUGGAACUGAGUGCUAUCCGAUUUUCGAUGUUAUCUGUUGCACUUCGAGUGGUGAGCUUAAAUAUAGGAAUCCGACGUAUGAAGAACUUAGGUUUACAUAUGCUGCCAUGAAGGGUAUAGCAUUAGUUCACCCUUUGCUCCAAGAUGUGCCAGCUACUUCAUCUCCGACACAAUUGAUGUGUUUCGAGCCACUCAUCGAGACGGUGGAUGUUCAAUGGCCAGCGGUAAUGGCUAAGAGCAAUGACAUUGUGGCGGUUACCAUUUCACACCCACCUGGUCAAGCAUAUGAAGAAAAAACCAUAUCAUCAGCCAAUUCAACUCCCACCAAGUAUUCAGAAGCAGCUAGAGAAGAUAGUUUUGGUGACGUUAAAAUGUAUUCAAAUGCUUCUUUAAGGCGAUGUGCUAUGUGUGAUCGAGAAUUUCACAUGGAUCAGUCCUUUCCUUGCAGUAAGUGUCGUGCCAUAGUUUACUGCAGCCUGAAUUGCCAAAAGCAGCAUUGGAAGGAAUCUCACAAGAGCAUAUGUGGUUUGUACAAAGCCAUGAUGGAGAGAGAAGAGGAGCUUGCGAUAAAUAUAUUUUCGUUUCCUUCAUCGGCUGAUCAUCCUUGCAAGUGGCUUGAGUCUCUUGACCUCCAUCAUAAAGGAAUGUGGAGAAGGAAGUGUGGCUGCUAUUCUAAUAGGCCCUUUGGUCUUCUUCCUGUCAAAGCUGGUCUUUCGGAAUCUUGGGGUGGACUUGAUGAUGAUGAAUACCCACAAGAUUCUCCAUUUUCGAGUCAUCUGACUGAUGGGAUCUCAAGUCCUAUCCUUCUUUCUGGCUGGUCGGAGUACUACAACCUGAGAUCAUUGCCACUGUCUAGCCCUGUUGCGGAUAUUCUUUCGCACCCAUUAACAGUAUAUUACAUACUAACGGCAUUGAGCAUCACUUCAAAGAAUCGUUUGCUAAAAGGAAAAGAGGUCAUUGUUCAUUAUUUGGGUCCUGAAGGAGAGUUAGACUGGAUAACUGCUUUUGCUGAAAUGGGUCACCUGCUUAAUGGUAUUGGCAACAUACAGAUUGUCAUGGUGGGGCCAGAGGUUCCUACAAAUUUAUCCGGAACCACUUCAGGAAUUGGGAGCAGAGUGAGGAUAAAUCUCGCUAGGGGUAUCUAUCAAGAAGAAGCCACCUACUUGCCUUCUCCUCACGUUAUUGUCGCUUUGAACUGUGGAUUAGAGAACAAUUCCAGUUGGGGCGGAGCUCUGGAGCUAAUCAAGUCGAUGGGUAUCCCUGCAUUUUUCACUGAUCAGUCGGAGGUUUCAUGCACAAAUGCUAAGCAAGUUCUUCGUUCUGCUGGCCUGCAUAUCACUCAUCCUGUCACUCCCAAUCCUUUUCGUUCUCCUGUGCGGAACUAUGGGCCUUCAACAAAUAUGCCUUCUUACAGUAAUUGUUUCUUGCUUGGAGUGAAUACAUGAUCACCAAUCAUGUGAAUUGGAUCGGCAUAUUCAGUAUAUGACGGAGAAAUCUAUCUUGAAGAUUUAAGCUUAUAGGUAUCUGCUCAACAAACUAAAGUCUUUUGCACAUGUAAUGGAACUUGAUUUUGAAAUCAUUGUUUUUAUGCUGUGAUUUUACAACUGUAUAUUGAGUGUUAAAUCUUGUAGUUUAUCCCAUAGGCUCAGUACUCUAUAUGAUUUCACUUUAUCAAUUCAUUAGGCAGAUUACCGAUUGAUUUACUGCAUGCAAGGUGUGGAUUACCAAGU